AGGACCGGCGCGUCUCCGUGCGCAUGCGCUGCGCUCGCGGUCACGUGUCCCGCCGCCAGCCAAUGGGAAGGCGCGUUACUGCGCGGUGCCCCGGUUGAGGAAGUGCUGCCGGUGUCGGUGCCCGGCGCUUCUCUGUCCGGUUCCGCCUCCCGGGAUGUGCUGAGGGCGCGUCCGCCGCCCCUCCCAGGCGUGAAUGACAGAGGAGGUGCCGCCGAGCGCACUGACGGAUGUGAACCUGCGCCUGCUCUGCCACGAUGACAUAGACACGGUGAAACAGCUCUGCGGAGACUGGUUCCCGAUAGAGUACCCUGACUCAUGGUACCGAGAUAUCACUUCCAACAAGAAGUUCUUUUCCCUGGCAGCCACGUACAGAGGCUCCAUCGUGGGGAUGAUAGUGGCAGAGAUCAAGAGCAGGACCAAGGUGCACAAAGAGGAUGGAGAUAUCCUAGCUUCCAAUUUUCCUGUGGACACUCAAGUUGCUUACAUCCUAAGUCUUGGAGUGGUGAAGGAGUUCAGAAAACAUGGAAUAGGUUCCCUCUUGCUUGAGAGUCUGAAAGAUCACAUCUCCACCACUGCCCAGGACCACUGCAAAGCCAUCUACCUGCACGUGCUCACCACCAACAACACAGCAAUAAACUUCUAUGAAAACAGAGACUUUAAACAGCACCACUAUCUCCCCUAUUACUAUUCCAUCCGAGGGGUCCUCAAAGAUGGCUUCACCUACGUCCUGUACAUCAACGGCGGGCACCCACCCUGGACAAUCUUAUAUCCUUUCCCUGCAGGCUGCUGAGCAGAGGCCAAACCCUGUUUUGGGUUAACAACAGCAAAGUGUGGGUAGAUGUGGGAACUGAAAGCUGCUCAGAUGUGGGUUUACUCUGAAAUCAGAAGGCAGGUGAUAGAGUUAUUUGAUGCAGGAUGGUUGGAGCAAGUUAGAUGCCAGUGAGAGUGAGUGCUGCUGUGAGGCCAGAGUGCUGGGUGUGCUUUGGCUUGGAGGGUGCAGGAUUUGGCCACCAAGAGGGCAGAGAAACCCUUGGUCUUGCUUCCUGUGGCCUGGGAUCCCUUGUGAGUUUGGGCUGGCCUGGAUCUCAGCAGGCUGCUCCCACACUGACUUAGGGGGUUUGUUUCAGGUCAAAGGAUCAUGGAGAAGAAACUUGAUCCUUCCUGAGUGUAGCUGGUCAGUUCCAACCUCCCUGGGCAGGUGGAUGGGUUGCUAUCCUCACAGGAUCUUCCGUGGCGUGCAAAGGGAACUGGCAGCUGCUUAGAGGAGGUAUUUCCCACACAAGCUGGAGCUGCCAUUCCCAAAUUGCCAUCCUUUACAGGGCAGAGCAGACCUGCUUUUGAUAGAAAGGUGGAGGCAGUGAUUGCAAGGGGCAGAUCUGACUGAGCCCAGCAGCUUCCACUGUGCCAGGGGUCCCUGCAGGCAGGGCGGGUCCAGGAGUGAUUUACGUUCUUUGCUAAGUUGCAGUGGAAGUGUUGCUGUCCUUAACAGGUGGCCACUGACUACCUACAGCACAUUGGCUCCACACUGGCCAGCCUGAGCCCGUGCUCCAUUCCCCAGAGGAUCUACAGACAAGCCCAGAGCCUCCUCUGCAGCCUCCUGCCCUGGUCUGGCAUUUCUGCCAAGAGCAGCAUCGAGUACAGCCGGACAAUGUGACAGACUGGGGGUGCACAGGAAGCACAGGAUUGUUUCUCCUUCCACCUGAUACCUGGCUCUGCACUGGUUCCAGUGCCCCAGCCCCCGGAUGGGACUCCCCGUUCCGCAGGGACUGACCCUCGGUACAGCCUCCCCCUGGGCCCGCGGCCCCGGCUCCCCGCGCGGGCUGGGCGGGCCCGGCUGUGCCACCCCGGUCACCGCUCCGUGCAUGUUGCACCGUCCCCUCGCUCCUCCCCACGCUGCGGGGUUCAGCUGCUGCUCCUGCUCCAUCCGCAGCUGCUGAGAGCAGCUGAGGGAGGUUCAUGGAUCUGCACUGAGGAACCAUUUACAUGAAUUGGGAGAGCCUCAGCAGGCCCCGGCUGCCACGACAGUCAGUCUGCCCUUGUUGCUGGGGAAGGGGGGAAUGUGAAUCAUGUUUAGGUCCUGCCACAGCAGCUAGCUGCUGGUGCGUCCUGUGGGUAACUUCCAGGGAGAGCAACUGCCUCGCAUGAGAAACUACCCAGCCCCACUAGCCCCCUGGAGUGAUGGAAAAAGAAGCAUAAAAUUCAGGAUGCAUAAAGUAGAAGGCAGGGAAUGAAAUUGCUAUUUCAUAGUGAAAUAUAUAUGUAUUAUACUGUA